AUGGGUGACGUUGUAAGCUUAUUUUCUGUGAUAAUUAUGAAAUUCAAAUCGAAGUUCAAUGAGAGUAAAAUUUAUUUUCACUAUGACAUUCCGUGGGAAAAGCUAAAGAACGUGAAAUGGAUGAAUCAGAGAGCCACAUCCAACAAGGCGUACGUUCCAACUACGGUUGAAAAUGUAGCAAAUGUGUGCACACACGCACUGUGCGUUGCGCCCGCAUCGUACGGCGCGCGCGAGCUGCUGACGCGGUCUGUGAACGCGCCGCAAGCGAUCGCGGCCGUGGUGUACGGCUUGGCUCUCUGCCUCCUCUUCGCUGUCUCAACCACCUUCCACUCCGUCUGCUGCUGUCAAUCUAACACCAAAAUGAAACAUUUCCUCCACCGAUGCGACCGUGCGAUGAUCUACAUCUUCAUCGCCAGCUCCUACUUCCCCUGGCUGACGGUGGGCACGCUCUCCUGCUGGAUGCUACGGGAGCUGCGCUGGGCCAUAUGGCUGCUAGCAGUACUGGGCAUCACGUACCAGCAGAUAUUCCACGAGCGGUACAAAAUGCUGGAGCUGCUGCUGUAUUUGGUCAUGGGACUGGGCCCCGCCGCGAUUAUAGUCACAUCAAACCACCAGUUCCCGGCGAUGACGGACCUGAAGCUCGGCGGCAUACUGUACCUGAUCGGCGUGUUCUUCUUCAAGUCCGACGGCCGCAUACCGUUCGCGCACGCCAUAUGGCACCUGUUCGUCGCGCUCGCGGCCACCGUGCACUACCUCGCCAUACUACGGCACCUUUUCCCCGAAUUAAAACCUUAA